AUGCCCAACCAAAGCACCGUGACUGAGUUUCUUCUCCUGGGCUUCUCUGACGUGCGGGAGCUGCAGAUUUUGCACUUUGUGGUGUUCUUGGUGAUUUACGUGGCUGCCCUGGUGGGGAACCUUCUCAUCAUCUCAGCCAUCGUCCUCGACCACCGUCUUCACACCCCCAUGUACUUCUUACUGGGCAACUUGUCCAUCCUGGACAUCUGCUACAUCUCCGUCGCAGUCCCCAAGUCCAUGGCCAACUCCUGGAACAACACCCAGCGGAUCUCUUUCCCCGGCUGCGUCGCCCAAGUCUACUUCGGCCUCUACUUUGCUUCUGCAGAGUUAUGUCUCCUCAUGGCCAUGGCCUAUGACCGCUACGUAGCCAUCUGCCAUCCUUUGCGGUAUAGGCUUAUCAUGGCAGGAGGGGCUUGUGCCCAGAUGGCCGCCGGUUCCUGGAUUGCCAGCUCCAUCUAUUCCUUGCUGCACACGGCCAACACUUUUCGAUUACCUUUCUGCGGAUCCAAUGCCAUCAGCCAAUUCUUCUGUGACAUGCCCCUGCUCCUGAAACUCGCUUGCGCUGAUACGCACGCUAAUGAAAUUGUGGUUAUUCUCUGCAGUGCUUUUGGGGGGCUAAUUUUCUUCAUUUCAAUACUGGUGUCCUACAUUCACAUCUUUUUGGCUGUGCUGAGGAUCCCCACUUCCCAGGGCAGGUAUAAGGCCUUCUUCACCUGCCUGCCCCACCUAGUUGUGUUUUGGUUGUUUAUCAGCACCGGCAUCUAUACGUACCUACAGACCAGAUCAGCGACUACCCAAUCUGAGGGAAUGCUGGCCGCUGUGUUGUAUACCAUCGUCUCUCCAGUACUUAAUCCUCUCAUUUACAGCCUGCGGAACAAGGAGAUAAAAGAUGCUCUGGGCAGGAUUUUAAUCAAGAUGAUUUUCACCAAGAGCACUUUUACGUAA